AUGGCAAGAUGGCAGAAUUACACACUGCAGUUGACUGGCGCACGUGUUGUCAGCACCAUCAUCACUGAUCUGUGCAUCUUCGAGGUGGACGGGGCGAAGGGUGGAUUGACGCUCGUUGAGCUUGCACCUGGUGUCGAGGUCGGCGUGGUCAAGUGGAAGAUUGGAGCGAAGUUCAAAAUUGCCGGCGACUGA